AGCUGGUGCAGCCGCCACUUCUUCCAGCUCGCUGGGAAACAGGGGCUUCGCCGCCGCCCUCGCCGCGUCUGAUCCUUUCUGCCAGGAGCGUGGGAUCCUCCGGCAGCUGAGGACCGCUCCUCAACAGCCAGAGGGGGUGGGGGUAGAGUAGAUCCAUCCACCCCCCAGCUAUUGAAACCUACUCGAUCGGUAGGCGAUCGCCGCAGUAGCGGCGGCCACAAGCGCAGAGGCGCGAUGGUUUGCGGCGGCUUCUCCUGCUCCAAGAACUGCCUGUGCGCCCUCAACCUGCUCUAUACGUUGGUGAGCCUGCUGCUGAUUGGAAUCGCAGCAUGGGGCAUCGGUUUUGGCCUCAUCUCCAGCUUUCGGGUGGUCGGAGUCGUCAUUGCGGUGGGGAUAUUUCUCUUCCUGAUUGCUCUGGUGGGGUUGAUUGGCGCCAUCAAACACCACCAGGUGUUGCUCUUCUUCUAUAUGAUUAUUCUCUUGCUAGUGUUUAUUAUACAGUUUUCGGUCUCCUGUGCUUGUUUGACAUUGAACAAGGAACAGCAGAGCAAACUUCUAGAAGUUGGAUGGAACAACACAAACAAUGCCAAGCAGGAUAUCGAGAGGAAUCUAAACUGUUGCGGAUUCAAUAACGUCAGUGAAGCGGACACAUGCUUGGCUAGUUGUGUUAAGCUACAGUCAUGCCACCCAUGUGCCCCAAUAAUCAAAGAAUACUCUGGGAUGGUGUUGAGAUUUGUAGGAGGCAUUGGGCUCUUCUUUAGUUUCACAGAGAUCUUAGGUGUGUGGCUCACCUACAGAUACAGGAAUCAGAAGGAUCCUCGGGCAAAUCCUAGUGCAUUUCUUUGACCUGGAAACUUUCUCGGGGGACUGAAUAUUUCUUUACCUGUGUUUUUAAACAUGAAUUCUCUACCAAUUGGCUACUCUCCACAUUGGCCUCGGCCUUGUGCACUUGAGAUAAGAUGGCCUGCCUACAGCUGCUUCUCGUCUUGGUUUUUCUUGUAUUGCCCCUGGAUUAACUGGCUUGGAAUGUCACCUGUGCCCCUAAUCAGAAUCUGGAUACUCUAGGAAUGUGGGGGGGGGAGUUCCGUAGGAGCUCUUCUAAUGUUACACUGUCCAAUCCUGCAUUCUGGCCUUUGACAAUUGCUUGCUAUUGCCUUCGGUGGGCAAAGAGGAGAAAAGAGAUUUCUGAUCUGUUUCGUCUGCCAGAAAUUCUUUCUGAAAGAUUAGCUUUGAAUGCCCAAAGCUCCGUUAUGAAACCUGAUGUAAAUUGUGACGCUGUUGUUUCCAAUUUUGGUAUUAUGGGGUGUAAAAAAAAAAACACCAAGCACCACCACCCAAUAACGUAGAUGUCACGGGAUGUAGAAAAUCAUUUCCCACCCUUUGUUCUGCUUCUCCUCUUGUUUCGGUAGGCAAUGUGAAAACCUGUGUACAUUAGUUAGUGUUGUCCGUCUAUUUCAGAAUUGCCAUGGAAACGUAGUGAUUCCAUUCCAGAGCCCUGUUUUGUCAUUUCACCGCAUUAAUGGAUUGUACGUGAGCUUCUUUAUUCACUGGAACUCUAUAUAUACACACACAUGAAGACAUUGGACUGCAAUGGCUCAUUGCCAUUCAGAAUGGUUAAAAUUCACAACAGAUUCUCCAUUGACUUUAGAGUGUGGCACAAGGGUAGCUAAUGCAGUGCCCUUCAGGUGUACUGAAUUACAUCUCUCACCCCUGACCAUUGGCCCUGCCAACUGGACUGGUAGAAGGUGGAACCUGACAACAUCAGGAGGGCGCCAGCUUGUUUACCCUUGAUAUAGAGUUUAUCUUUCAUGCAACAAGUGAGGAUGGACAGGGAUAUGAAACUUCAUUGUAUUACCCAAUAACUUGCAUUUGAAUGACCUGUGCGUAGUUUAAAGUGGCUAAAAGAGAGAAUAAUGUUUAGUUAGCUUGUCACACUAAGAAAAACUAGUCUUGAUGCCUAGAGUUCUCAUAUAAAUUUAAUCGGUGUAGUAAGUUAAUUGUGAUACUGCUGUUGGUCUUUAACUAAUUAUGCUCCUUCAUUGCUAUUUAAAAUACCUUUUCCGCACUCGGUAUUUAAAAUAUUUGAUCGUAAAUGUGAACUAGAACAUUACAAUUAUGUAUCUUUGUAGCACAUGGAUAAAAAAUAAAAUAAAACUUUUUUUGGAAGUUGAGAGCACCCAAUGAAGGGCUGGACUGGAAAGCACUGUGCUUCCUAGUCAAAGCUGUUGUCCUAAAAUGACUUGCAUGGAUCGCUUUAUAUAAAAAACAAACAAACCUGAACUUAGGCAUUGUGCUUUUUUUAAUAGUAAAAGAUCUGGGUGAAUGAUUUAAGGGGUAGGGCGCCUUACAAAAUCCCAGAACAAAAACGAGGUGCAAGGAAAUAACAAAUUGGAAGGCAGGACCAGCUGGGUAAACUCAUUGUAAGGAACAGACUGUGGAAAGCUUUAAUGGAAGCAUGCGGUCAAAACUCUGGCACAAGCUAGUGCAAGAUGCCAUGAUGGCCGCCAACAUGAACAGCUUUAAAAGGAGCUUAGACAAAUCCUCUGAAGGAGUGGGUAUGCAGCUUGGGGGGUACUUCUGGUUCCAUUGCUGAUGCUUGAAGCUCAGGUGGCCUUGGUGGUGUAGAGGGCCUUCCAUCAGCUUCAGCUGGAUACAGUAUCAUCUUAUCCUUUGCCUCAGGCCCCAACAAUGUAUUGGGCUGGCCCUAUCAUUGAUCUUCUCAACCAGAAAUCAUGGUUUAGAUCAGGUAUCCCCAAACUGCAGCCCUCCAGAUGUUUUGGCCUACAACUCCCAUGAUCCCUAGCUAACAGGACCAGUGGUCAGAUAUGAUGGGAAUUGUAGUCCGAAGUUUGGGGAUGCCUGGUUUAGAUCAGAAGCAGCCGAUACUCUGCCCUCCAGGUGUCUUGAACUACAACUCCCAUCAUAUCUGACCACUGGCCAUAGUGACCGAGGCUUAUGAGAAUUGUAGUCCAAAAUAUCUGGAGGACACCACAUUGGUAUCCUUUGGUUCAGGUGAUUGUCUCAACCAGGCAUUUGUGUGUGUUUUGGAAUGGGCAGGAGCAAGCAGAGUAUGAAAUUCAGCUGCGGAAUAGAUGGAGACGUUUGGUUGCUCUGGCUGCCUCUUGUGAUCCUGGUCAGGCAAUGUACAGCAUGAAUAUUUAAAUGCUGGUAUUUAUUAGGUGACCAGACUUUGGUUACAAGUUAUUUAUUUACAUGCUCCGAUGUAGAAUGUGUAACAUAAUGAGCCAGCUAAUCAAACAUUAACUAUUCAACAGUUUUAUGUAAAUUAAGACUGCCUGUGAGGUAAUGGAGACUUUUCACAUUGACUUGUGGGAAGCCGCCUUUCAACUCAGUUAUUUGACUGGUUUUCCUCCGUUCAGCAGGAGUAGUUUAUAUGUUCCUGAUGGAAUGGGAACAUAUUUGGCAGGAAUGGUUUGAGCCAAAAUGAAACCAUGGGCUCAGCCUGAGGACUCUUGGUCUUUUCAUUAUUGAAAUCUCAGUUUCAAUAGAAACUGAAAUAGAAAAGAAAUAGACGCUCUCAGUUGCCUUCAAUUGAUAGGCCUCUGUUAUUCAAGGACCCAUCUUUACCUUAGUGCAGGGAUGGGGAAAUUGUGAUCCUCCAAAUGCAGUCGGACUCUAGUUCCCAUCAGCCCCAGCCAGCAUGGCCAAUAGUCAGGAGUGAUGGGAGUUGUAGUCCAACAACAUGCAGAGGAUUGUGGGUUCCCUGGUCCUGCUUUAACGUGCCAGAAGGAUCACUGAAGAAUGGAGUAUUUUUGUGUCUCUCAUCUGAGCCCUUGACUCACUGCAAAACCCCUUUAACAAAUCAUCAGAGUUUUGGGGGAAAAGGAAUAUCCGUUUUCAAUAUUUGCAUCUUGAGGCCAGCAUUUUUAUGUGGUGGGCAGUGGUCUUGUUGACUCUUAAAACAAAACCCAAAUAUUGGCUUGAUAGAGCAUUAGAAAAAGAAAACACACAGGGAGAGAAAUUUCACAAAUGACAGAAAAUAGUGAGACGCCAUUGAAAGUUUUUCCAUCAGGUUUCCUUAAAUAUAAUUCAUUUCUCAGGUAUUGCAAACGCUGUAUCAUUUUCCAUUGAAUUAAUGCUAGGAAAGAUUUUACCCAUUUACUCAUUUCCAAAUGGAAUCGAUUAACAGUUUCUCCUUGCUGAGGAGGGGAUAUAAGUUUGGCACACUUCAAAUCCAACAUUUAGUCAGCUUCCAUUUGGAUGCUUCAACAAUAAUUUUCUCAGGUAGGGCCAGGAAAGACCCCUGUCUUAAACCUUGGUAUAGAUAACUGAGCAAGGUGAAGCAGCGAGCUGACUUAGUAAAAGGCAACUACCUGUAUUCCUAUGUAUAGAGUUCCACCUGGCAAGAGAGGUGUGGGCCUAGAAAGGACAACUGGGGAGCCACUCUCCAUUAGAGUUGAGGGGAUGCUAACUGGGAUCUCUGAAGCCUGGAAUCACCUCAAAACUGAGCCAAACGUUUGUGCCUUUUUGUGUGUGUGUGUGUACCAGCUAUGCUGAGACCAAUAAGGAUGUAACUGACACACUCAGCCGGGAUCUUCACUAACACACCAAAUCAAAUAUUGACCUUCAAAGUUUUCUGCUGUUUUGCUCCACAAACCCCACGAUUUCUCUUCCUCCACUAGCAGCAUAGAGAGGAACAGCAAUGGUGGCAGCACCCUCAUCUGUCCACCAGACGGCACCGCUACCACUGACUAGUACUAAGAGACAGAAACCUGCCUGAAUUCAUGAUCACCAGCUGAGGUGUAUGGCAGACAAAGCUCGGUUUAUUAUGUGUGUCCCCCUCUCCCUGCAUUAAAGCCUGGAUUAAAGAGCUGCUCUUCACUCAUGGCUAUUGGAUGGUGAUGGUAAUAGAGAAGGUCCAGGUUCAUACCUAAUACUAAAGUAUGAUGGACAUUAACUGAAGUUCAUGAACAAAUAACAAACCUUGAUCAACAAGUGGCUUUAACCAUGGUUAAAAAUCCAUACCUAAGUGACUGGGCUGGGUUCACACAUACGGCUAAGCCAUAGCUGCCAAGUUUUCCCUUUUCUCACGAGGAAGCCUAUUCAGCAUAAGGGAAAAUCCCUUUAAAAAAGGGAUAACUUGGCAGCUAUGGGCUAAGCCAUACUUGAGCAAAAUAAUAAUAAUAAUAAUAAUAAUAAUAAUAAUAAUAAUAAUAAUAAUAAUUUAUUAGUUAUACCCCACCCAUCUAGCUAGGUUUCCCCAGCCACUCUGGGCAGCUUCCAACAAAAGAUUUAAAAUACAUUAAAACAUCAGUCAUUAAAAACUUCCCUAAACAGGAAUGCCUUCAGAUGUCUUCUAAACAUUAGAUAGUUGUUUAUUUCUUUGACAUCUGAUGGGAGGGCAUUUCACAGGAUGGGUGGCACUACCGAGAAAGCCCUCUGCCUGGUUCCCUGUAACUUUGCUUCUCGCAGUGAGGGAACUGCCAGAAGGCCCACGGCGCUGGACCUCAGUGUCUGGGAUAGACGAUGUGGGUGGAGACGCUCCAUCAGGUAUACUGGGCCGAGCAUCAUGUACAAACCAAGUCAGUAAGUCUUCCUUUUAAAUAGACAUGUACAGGACUGCACUGUGAAAUGCCUACAUAUUUUACCCGCUGAUGCUUCUGUUUAAAUCCCCAGGAGUCAUGCAUAUUUUCUUGAUGGGGAUCCAAAGGGAAAAUGGUAAAUUCUGCUUUGUCAUCAAA